UUAAUGGCGAUGUAUUCGAUUCCAAAAAUUAAGGAUGAGUGCAGAAUUUCACAUGACUACACAAAGCCAGUGAACUAUAGAUACUGUAAUAAACAAAUGAAUUUUAAAAUUUAAUAGACACUCAUUUUAUAGUUGUGGAACAAUAAUAAAACGUAGAUCCUAAUAUUUACAUCUAGCUAUGUCUCAGAAAAGUUAUUCAAAUUUGGUAACAGAGGUUUGUGGCUGGAGUAAAGAAACCUGCUUGAAAAAUGUAGAAACAACUCUUCCAUCAGCUCUUAAUAUUUUGGAGGAUUCCUUAUAUAAGCCUACAGCUGAUAACAUAGGUCUAUUGAAAGUGAUCUGUCAUUCACUGCUACCAUGUCUGCCUUGCCAAGAGCUGGAGGAGAAAGUUUUCAGGAAACUUUGCCCAGCUAUGAUGAAUUUUAUCCACAAUAUUUUAGACAUCAUAGACUCUAACUUGACAGAUCAGCGAAAUGAAACUGACCUAGAUGUUAAGGCUCUUUUGUCAGAACAUUUAGAGUAUUUUAUUAAUGUGAAUCAGUGUGUUGAUCAGUGCAUCAAGUGUGCCAUGAGUGUGUCUGUUGACCUCUCCUGGGUUCAGUCAUUGCCAGGGUGUGCUGUUCAUGUGCUACUUCAAGCCUACAAACAUUGUAAAACCAGCAGCCAACUUUAUGGUGAAAUUCUGAAUCUGUUCUCAGAACAGCUUUCCAUUUUGUUCAAGACAGCUCACGCUUUACAAACGUCAUUAUUAGGGCUGCUAGACAAUGUUUGUAUCACUGGAGCACCAUUGGAAGAACAUGUUAGCAUACUUUGUUCAGUGUGUACAACUCUGUAUGAAGUUUGUUGUGUGGUGUCAUCGCUGGACAUCAAGUUGGUCAUUAGUUUAUUGAGAGGCAUUUCAAGAUUAAGUAGCCAACACCUGAGUUUGUUACAAGAUCGUCUGGAUGUCUCUCCUAUUAUCAAAUAUUUGUGCCAUGAGAUUGGCCAAGGUUACGAGUAUCUCUUUGAGCUGUGUGGAGGAACACAAACAGAGUCUCUGUCUCAGGGAGAUGAUAAGACAUUUGACAAGCUGGUCAAAGUUUUGGGUUUCCAGAUGAAAGUCAUGGUGGCACUGUUGAGAGAUUACUCCAAGUACUUGGAUAACUGUGAGAAGAAUGUUGUAGACUUGUUACUAUGUUUUCACAGAUUACUGCCACCAAGUCUAUCAGCUAAAAGUUUAUCAGAGAAACAAAUGGCUAGUGUUAAACUUCUUCUGAUCAAUGCCACGGCUCCCAUUGUAAGCCAUUUAAUAACUAAUAAAGCGCUUAGGAGAGAGUUGACUAGCAACCAUAGUGCAGAUGAUCUGUCAGAAGACAAUUUCCCAAAACUUAUUCUUCAAUUAAUGGUUCUUGAUAUGUUACCCAAAUUCGAAGCUGAUGUUUUUGACAGCUGGCUUGCACCAGUCAACUACCAAGAGAAUGUACCCACAUUGAGUCUACUUGCAGCAAUAUUUCACAGUGUACAAAUGUGUGAAGUAGAGAUGAGGUAUCCUGUUAUGUUAGCUGGUGUUGUGGUAGCUGGAAAACCUCAAAGGCAAGUAAGCCUUUAUGAACAUGUAGCAACUCAUUUGUGUGGCUUCAUUGGAGCAUGUCCAGCAAGGCAUUUUAGUUUACUGGAAUCAACACUUUUAGAGCAUGUAUUAGGAAGGAGCACUCUGUCCAGUCUUCUAGCUGCAGAUUGUUGGUGCUUCUUAGCAAGGUAUGGCACAGCCAAUUUGUGUCGGGAUCAAGUCCAAGGUUUGGUCAAACUUUACUUACAGCUUAAAAACACCAGCAACAAGACAGUUCUGUUUAGACUAGAAUCACUGUUACACAGACUUAUCAAACUGAUGGCCAGAGAUCAUCAAAACUGUUUAGUUGAAAUGUUUCCUCCUGAAGAAGAGCCCAUGUUGUGGGUGGCAGUGACACCAAAUUGUUUACAUGAAAACCUGGGUCAUGAUGUAAGGAACAAACUGUUACAGUGGUCAGUGAAUGUGGUCAACAGUUCUUCAGUCAAACUCUCACAUCUGUUGACUGCACUAGAUUUCCUGACCAAUGUUGUAUCCAACAGCCCCUCACAAUGUUCCCCAACACAUCAAGAGCUGAUAGUUCACUUUGUGAAUCAAAUGUCUAUCCAAUUACAAGUCCACUGUGCACUAACACAUAGUCAAGAAAUACUAGUUGCUAAACUAGUUCUUUUAGCAGGAUCUGUGCUACAACAGUUGUCAACGAAAAGUAUUCUACAGGUUCUAGUUGUAAUUCAGAAAUGUCUGGAGGAGAAAAUUUCACUCAGCUUCUGUUUGUCUGUUGUUCACUUCCUGGUCAAAUUUUCCAAAUGUAAAAUUGAGCCCUGCUUUGAGCAAAGUCAAGUUUUAGAGAAACUGUCCAAAGUGUUUCACCACAUGUUGAGUCAUCCAAGUGCACUGGUCCACCAUGCUGCUUUGUCAGCUUUUGCUGACUUUGCCUCUCACACUAUCCAUGAGACUGCUAUCCCAGCAUGCAUCCAGGGUGAACAAUGGCUUCAACAGAGGGUGGAAAGGUUCCUUAACAAGUGUCCCCAUAAACCUGCUAAACAAUUUGAUCUUGUGACCUUUCUGAGAUCAAAUCUAAUAGAGGCAAGCAGAAUUAAAACUGACACAGCUUGUACCUCAGAAACUUUAAAUCAAGAAAAAGGAAUGUUUGCCAUAGAAUUGGAACAUAUAAGAGACACAGAAUCAGAGCCACCCACUAAAAAAAUAAAAUUAAAAAACACAAGUGAUGAAAAUGACACAGAAAAGUUUCCAAAGCAGAUGCUGCCAUCAAGCCAACAAUUCCUCUUACAAAGAAUAAUCUCCCUUGCUGAUGACCUAGAAAAAGAAAGCAGCCAAUCCACACUGACUCCUGAGUUUGUAGACUCUGCUAAACUUGCUGUGGCUAGAAUCAAUGAAUGUUUGGUAUUAAAUCAAUCAUGGUUUGAUAGUUUAUCUUGACAUUUAUUGUAAUGGAAUAUAAAUAUAGUGAUUGAUCUUUUGUCCUGAAGAAUUCAUGAUCUGUUGUAAACUGAGGGUUUCUUUGUUUGAUGAUAUGCGCAUCAAAAAGUUAUAAUCCUUGCUUUAAAAUAAAUAUAAAAGUGACUCCUUCCACUUCCAACUCUCUUCCAUUUUAAAGAGUUCGAUGACAAAGAUACAAUACACAAGUCAUUGUUCUUUACUUUGUGUUGAAAGGAAGUACCCUUGUUUCUUUGGCUUACAAAACACAGGAAAUAGAGUUUCUUUGUUUCUGUGGCUUACAUAACACAGGAAGUAGAGUUCCCUACUUUCCAUGGCUUACAAAACACAGGAAGUAGAGUUCCCUACUUUCCAUGGCUUACAAAACACAGGCAGUAGAGUUCCCUUGUUUCUUUGGCUUACAUAACACAGGAAGUAGAGUUCCCUACUUUCCAUGGCUUACAUAACACAGGAAGUAGAGUUCCCUACUUUCCAUGGCUUACAAAACACAGGAAGUAGAGUUCCCUACUUUCCAUGGCUUACAUAACACAGGAAGUAGAGUUCCCUACUUUCCAUGGCUUACAUAACACAGGAAGUAGAAUUCCCUACUUUCCAUGGCUUACAUAACACAGGAAGUAGAGUUCCCUACUUUCCAUGGCUUACAAAACACAGGAAGUAGAGUUCCCUUGUUUCUGUGGCUUACAAAACACAGGAAGUAGAGUUCCCUACUUUCCAUGGCUUACAUAACACAGGAAGUAGAAUUCCCUACUUUCCAUGGCUUACAUAACACAGGAAGUAGAAUUCCCUACUUUCCAUGGCUUACUAAAUGCAGUAAGUAAAGUUCCCUUGUUUCUGUGGCUUACAAAACACAUGAAGUAGAUUUACUUUGUUUCUGUGGCCAACAAAAUUUGUAUGUGACCCACAGCAAACAAUCACCACCCUGAAGUUUCCCCUUAAGUUUGUUUAAAGUUAGUUGGAAAUCCUCAAACCUUUGUUAAAAUCCCAAGCUCCAUGUAUUAUGAUGACUCUUGGUUUGUUACCUUGGCACUCAUAGAUAUAUUCACCCACCUCUGUUAGUUUUUGACUGAGUGUAAUACAUAUGUAAUGAAUCAUUAAAAAAAAAAAACUUCUAAAAGUAGAUUUAAUCGAAUAACAGAUUUUAAAAAAUUGAUACCAUGCACUUCCAUGCACUUGAAAACAAAAUCAAAUUAGUUGUGUGUUCACUUUGCUGUUAAUGUGAUAUGUAAUGGUUUCAAAAUAAUUUUUCUUAUUCAUAGUUUGAAUUUUAUUGUCAUGAUAAAUUCUGUUAGCUGUUUAAAAAAAAAAGAUUCUUUUUUAAUUGUUGAAUUUUUACUGUAUAAAGUAUUCAUUGAUCUUUUAAUUAAAUAAAUAAAUAUGUGUACGUCUUUAA